AUGUCCACUUCUCCCCGAGACAAUGCCGAUGUGUCUGAAGAGUCAUCCGACCGUUCAGCGAAGCGGCUGAAGAUCACCUUCAAGCAGGAGAAAUCGCAAGAGGAUUUUAGCAUAAAACGCGAAGAUUCCGUCGAUGAGGUCCUCCCAUCACCCAAUGCUCGAAUGAGUCGUUCUGGGAGAGCUAUCAAAGCACCCACAGCCUAUGUCCCCAGUCCCGUCCCUGUGCCCGUUGCCGGCAAACGCCAAAGGUCUGCUCGCAAGAAAAUGGCCAACAUCAUCUGCGCCAAAUGUGACCGUGGCACCACCCCCAAAUCAAAUCCAAUUGUAUUCUGCAGUGGGUGUGAGUCGACCUGGCACCAGAAGUGUCAUGAUCCUGAGAUCCCUGAUGAUGCCAUUCUGGACGAGGACAAAGAGUGGCACUGUCACCGUUGCGUGCAUCGUCAGCGUCGGUCCACCGGCACUCGUCCUCCCAAGGCACAGGAACCAAGCACUCCAGUUCAACAAAAAGGUCUAUCGGAUUUCGGAAGUGCAUCGAUGAAUACGGAUGAGAAGCGUGCCUACUUCUCCCGUCUUUCUCAUGCCCAACUAGUUGACCUCCUGGUCGACAUUUCAUCGAAAAAUCCAGAGCUCACCAUGCCCUCUGCUGCUUCAAUAGUGCAGAAGACUUUCAGUCCAGUUCCCGCUAGUCCUAAACCAAAGAUUGAGGAUGAAGAGGGAUAUAGAAAGCAUCCACGGGCAGGUCAUGGCUUCGCUCUCUCUCGGGAACCUUCAGACCUAGACAUUCUGAAGGAAGACCCGGCUUCGAAAACGUUCAGUCAUACCUUGAAUCUCUCCGAUUCAUCUACUCCGAGGAGAGUAUGGGGUCAGGUUACGACUUUGGGGAGAUAUCUUCUUGGGUAG